AUGAACAUAAACUCAAAGAAAAAUGCUAAGCAUUUUAGUGAUGAUUGGGAAAAUCAUGACCAUCUGUUGACAGUAUCGGUCAGAUCUUUCUUUGAUCCAUAUACUAAGAGUGAAGAUAUGAGAGAUAACUUCAAGACUGUGGAAACAAAUAAUACUUCAAUAAACUUUCAUCAGAAAGAAAUAUCAGCCGUCCCAACUCCUAACACAAACAAUUCAACUGCUCAUCUACCUCGGUCAAGACAUCUAUUUCGAAGAAUUCUUAAACCUAGAAACAAAAGAAGACUUACUACUCAAAACAAGAGUAUAUCCCGACCAAUCCAUGUCAAGAGCAAAUCAAUGAUUUCCAAAGGAAGAGUCACCUUCAAAAACGAUUAUCCCCAAAAAGAAGACAGCAUUAAUCUAAAUCUUGGUCUAAAGCAAAUAAAAUCAUCGAACAAACAUAAAGACAAGUUUAUCCAGAGGCUCUAAGAAGGCCAAGUAAAGGAAACCUUUCCAAAAAUAUCAGGAAUUUCAGAAAAUCCCCAAAGAAAUUAAGCAGCAACUCAAUUGUGCAGUACAGCUCCUUGACAAAAUCAUUCAUCCUUAGUGGCUCCUCCCCUAGAAAGAAAGAAUCAGAACGGAGGAACCGAAUCUUCAAGAAAUUUAGAAGAUGUGUCAGGAAGAUUUACAAUGCGAUGAAAUUCAUGAAGCUAUCCCCAAAUUACAAUGAAGUCAAUGUACAUGUCGAUAUCAACAAGAAGAAGUUCUAUAGCUAUCUCAAUAAAUACAUCCUUACUGCUGAGCAUGGGGUGUAUAUCAACUGCAGGCCUACAUUCCUGACAAACAUAAUGGACGGAGUGUUCUUAGCCUACAAUUUCCCAGACCUGCCCAUCCUAAAAUAUUGCUUCCUUAUAAUGGCAAUUUACUGUGAAUUUCAAGAAGACUCAGAAAACACUAUUUAUUGAUACAGAAGGCUCAAAGAUAUAGCUGAGGUACUUGAAGACCAUGAUCUAAUUACUACUACUUAUAAAAGAAGAGCAGAGAUAUUUAACAAACUCAAAGACUUUACUAGCGCAGAAAUUUGUUACAAGCAGAUGCUUGUACAUACUUGGAUACUGAACUCUAGUUCGAAAGAGAUUGAAGCCUAUGAAGGAUUGUUUAAGACUUAUUAUCAUCUUUCAGAUAUGACUAGAAGUACAUUUUAUUUCAAAAGAUGGUCUCAAGGACGUACUGAGAGUGAGUUCUCUAAACUUCGGAUUAAUACUCUCAAUUCAUACAAGAACAAGAAGAUACACAUCAAAUAAAGUUAAGCCAUCCUUCAUCAUGGAAAAAGGGUUUGUAAGGAACUUUGAUCAGACCGACGAUUAUUACUUCAUGGACCACUAUUGCGAACAAGAAGGAAUAGAAAGAAAUAUCACCUCCAAUUCUCAAUAUUUAAUGAGAGAGAUUUAUAAAAUAAAAAGACUAAAAGAUCCAGGCAAUUGGAAUAUCGAGAAAAUGGACACCAAAAAUACAAAAAUGGAGAUCCACACAGUCAGGAGAGGAACUCCCAUUAAAAAAGUCAAAUAUGAUGACCUCCCUUCACCUUUCAGAUUCGGAGAGGAAACUAAAAUUUCAUCUUCCUUAAAUUUUGGUAAAAUAGACUUCUCAAGAAAACCUAAAGUCAACAAAAGUCAUGAUUUUAGACUUGAAAGUGAAACUAAAAUAGAAAGCACAAAGUCAAAAUCCCUUGAACGGAAUUUAAAGCAAAACAAGUUCAAUGAGGUAUCAAUACAAGGGAAAAUCAAACCUGACCCAUCCAACAGACUAAGGUCAGAAGAUAGAUCUUAUUCCAACAAGAUCAGGAAAAUCUUCUCAGAAAAGGGUAAAAUUAACUACCUUAGAAUACUACAAGAAAACAGACUAAAGAAGGAAGAGCGGUUCAAGAAGAUCCUUGAAGCUGACCAGAGCACUACAAUCUACAAAAGAUCCUCUACAGCUUCCAAAACGAAGAGAGAAAGGUCUCUAAAAACAAAUUGAAUCAUGAAAUCUCACAUUGAAAGAUGUAAAGUUCUCAAAAAUGCCAUCGGUGAGGAGGAAAACUUCUUAUCUAAGAUCACAAAGCUAUUCAAGAAGCUCAAUGAUUACAUCCAGAAAGGCCUGGAUACCAGCUAUGUCAAGCAUAUUAGAAAAGAUCUUAAUGUUGAAGGAAAACUCACCUUCCCUAGAUUUUUUAUCCCAAAGAGUCCAUAAAGCUUGAUAUAUAUCUGUAAAGGAAUACAGAGAAAUCAGAGAGAAAGAAAUCUCAAAAUUGUCUGAUUUUAUUAAUAACAGAAAUCUAUCAUAAAUCAACUUUUAAAACCAGAUGUGAUGAAUAAUACCAACAUUACUCCUAAAAAUGC